GUGGGUUUUCUGGGACGAAAUGGAGUUUUUGGUGUUGUGUAAAGCUGGUCUGUGCUGGAUCCCAGGUCUAGUCCUCCUGGUUCUGUGUCUCCGUCCUCCUGCUGUCCUGUGUGAAAACCUCUACUGCUACUACUGUCCUCAGACGUCCUUCAACAGGAGCUGCAGGCACGUUCUGUCGGAGUGCCGCCCGCAGGAGCUCUGCUUCACCGCCCGGGGCUGGUUCGGACGUGCACCCGUUCUGUUCUCCAAAGGCUGCAUGUCGCAGAGAGACUGCUUCCGAUCCAGCAGUCAAAUGAUCCGCGGGAACAACAUCAGCUUCACGUACUCGUGCUGCGGCCGUCCUUACUGUAACUCGAGCCGGCGCUGCGAUCACAGCCUCGCGCUGCUCACGGUGUCUGCUGUCGCUGCGAGCGUCAUGACGGCCCUCUGGACUCGAGCUGGACUCUCCUGAUGCCCACCCGAGCUGAGAGCGACCUGGUCUCUGAGCUGAGAGACCUGGACAGGGCGCAGGACUCUCCUGCUACUGAGAUCUUAACGAGCUGUUUGAAACUUGUGUCAAGUUCACUUUUAACUGAGUCUCAUUAAAUCUGUUGAUUUUAA